GCGUUCUUAGGCGACGCGGUCUGGGAGCUGUACGUGCGGCGGCUCUUCUUCGCGCCGCCGACGCGGCCGCGGACGUACGACCUCAAGUGCAAGCGCGCGGUCAGAGCGGAGGCGCAGGACGUCGUGCUGAGGAAACUGGUCGACCGCGGGUUCUUCACCGACGAGGAAAUGAAGGUCGUGAAGUGGGGCAGGAACGCGUCGUACGGCAACGUCCCGACGCGUCUUCGAGGAAAGAACGGAAAAGGCGGGUUCGCGACGUACCGAAACGCCUCCGCGUUGGAGUGCGUUGUCGGGUACCUGUACAUGACCGACUCGGCGAGGUUGGAGACGAUGAUGGCGACGCUUGGG